CGCCGGCACGGGCAUUCCACCCUGUUGGGCCCCGUCUGUCUCUGCCCCACCCACGCAUACUAGGAAGGCAGGGGAGACGAGGAGCCAGAGCCAAGUCAAGCCGCUUCCUCUCCUCUCGUCUCGGCGCCUCACUCGAUCUCCUUCCUCCACUGUCGCUCAGAUCGACGCGGGCCAUGGCCAAGCCUAGGGCCUCCGCCGCCGCGGCGAAGGCGCCAGCCUCCACGCCGCCCAAGACGGUGCACUCGGCGCUCGUCACCUACGCCUCCAUGCUCUCCCUCCUCUCCCUCUGCCCGCCCUUCGUCAUCCUCCUGUGGUACACGAUGGUGCACGCGGACGGAUCCGUGGUGCGGGCGUACGAGCACCUCCGCGAGCACGGGGUGCUGGAGGGGCUCAAGGCCAUCUGGCCCAUGCCAACCAUGGCCGCCUGGAAGAUCAUCUUCGGCUUCGGCCUCUUCGAGGCCGCGCUGCAGCUUCUCCUCCCCGGGAAGCGCUUCGAGGGCCCCGUCUCCCCCUCGGGCAACGUGCCCGUCUACAAGGCAAAUGGCUUACAAGCAUAUGCAGUGACCUUGAUAACAUACCUGAGCCUGUGGUGGUUUGGAAUUUUUAACCCUGCAAUAGUAUACGAUCACUUGGGGGAAAUAUACUCUGCUCUUGUAUUUGGAAGCUUUGUGUUCUGUAUUUUUCUGUACAUAAAGGGUCAUCUUGCUCCAUCUUCAUCUGAUUCUGGAUCCUCAGGGAAUGUGAUAAUUGAUUUCUACUGGGGAAUGGAACUAUAUCCUCGCAUUGGUAAGCACUUUGAUAUCAAAGUGUUCACAAACUGCCGUUUUGGGAUGAUGUCCUGGGCUGUUCUUGCUGUAACCUACUGCAUAAAGCAGUAUGAAAUGAAUGGCCGAGUUGCAGAUUCAAUGCUUGUGAAUACUGCAUUGAUGUUGAUCUAUGUCACCAAGUUCUUCUGGUGGGAAUCUGGAUACUGGUGCACUAUGGACAUUGCUCAUGAUAGAGCUGGUUUCUACAUUUGCUGGGGAUGCUUGGUAUGGGUUCCAUCAAUAUACACCUCUCCUGGAAUGUACCUUGUCAACCACCCUGUGAAUUUGGGUCCCCAGCUAGCACUCUCAAUUCUCCUUGCUGGAAUAUUGUGCAUAUAUAUAAACUAUGACUGUGAUCGUCAGCGCCAAGAAUUCCGUCGGACAAAUGGGAAAUGCUCAAUAUGGGGCAAAGCUCCAUCUAAGAUUGUUGCUUCCUAUCAGACUACAAAUGGAGAAACAAAAAGCAGUCUUCUCUUGACUUCUGGAUGGUGGGGCUUGUCUCGUCAUUUUCACUAUGUUCCAGAGAUUCUAUCUGCUUUUUUCUGGACAGUUCCAGCUCUUUUUGAUCAUUUCCUGCCGUACUUCUAUGUGAUCUUUCUGACCAUAUUGCUGUUCGACCGAGCUAAAAGGGAUGAUGACCGAUGCUCAUCAAAGUAUGGCAAGUAUUGGAAGAUGUACUGCAACAAAGUACCGUGCAGGGUUAUUCCUGGCAUUUACUGAGGUUGUUGACCAUGUUCAACAACUUCUCGGGAUAAAACUCAGCCAUGUUGUGAAUUCCUUUCUCUGGGACGAUCUACUGCUGUUUGUGUAAUAUGUCAUUAGCUUGAUGUAUGCAGGAUUAGAUUCGGGCUGAUUGGUUUCAACCUUUUGAGUUUGCUGUAUCCAACCCUGACACAGAUGAGUCAACGAUGCCGCCAAAUCGUGAUUUUUCUUGUUAGCUCGCUGAUAGGAGAGAUGAUUGCAGGAUCAUAGUUUGUGUAGUUUGUACCUUAUAAUGGAUGUUUCGACUUCAUUUUUCUGCUAGAAGCGAUUAGGCAGCACGAAAAUGAAAUUGUUUGAGGUUCUGUACUGCUCGAAUAAUGUUGCUGCAACUGUAUUAUCCAUGAACUGUAAUAAUUCAAAGUUUGGCAACAGGCAUGGUGAUUGGUUCUACACAUUUUA